CCUUGUCAAUUCCUCCAAACCGAACUCAACACUUUCAUAUUUUCUCUUCCUAUACCUGUUUGUGCUUGUUCCUCUUUUCUUCUUCCAAAAAGCUCCUUAUUCUAAAGGCUAGAAUGGCGUACUCAAAGAUGAUCAUUGCUUUAAUGUUGGCCUUAGUGGCUGGAUCUGCUUUUGCUCAGGCACCGGGAUCAUCUCCGGCAGCUUCUCCGAAGAGUUCUCCGCCACCAGUAUCAUCACCUCCGGCGGCGACUCCUCAACCUUCUACAACAUCAACACCUGUCUCUGCUCCUGCAAAUGCUCCUACUACUGCAUCUUCUCCAUCUGAAUCUCCAUUAGCAUCUCCACCAGCUCCCCCAACUGUCGAUACUCCGGCAUCAUCUCCUUCUGGCUCUUCUCCUCCGUCGAUCGGCGCUGCUCCCGGCGGUUCUCCUACUUCAUCUCCUAACUCUGCCUCCUUGAACAGAGUCGCUGUCGCCGGAUCUGCUGUUGUAGCUAUCUUUGCUGCUUCGUUGAUGCUUUGAAUCAUCUUUCAUCUGUGAGAUCUUUUGUGUUUUAUUUCGCCGGAGUUGAACAGUUAGGAGUUAUUUAUGAUUUUAUUUUUCACUGUUUUUUGUUCAUUCUUUUUUUUAGUUUUUGACUUUUACGGGCGGCGGUAGUCGUGACCGCUGUUGAUUCUUUUUACUACUAUCAUUAUUGUUGUUGAACAUUACUACUGGAUUCUUUGUUAUUUAUGGAGAAUAGUAAUACUAUGAUUUAUUCAUGAAUUUCUUAA